AUGCCGCGUGUCGCAAACAAGAUUCAUCGCCGCUCCGGCGGCACUUCGACCCCUCAUAAGAACUCGCCGGUCAAAAUACCCCUCAAUGAUGAUAUGGGCGAGAAGGCCGCGCGCAAGGAGGCCCGUCAAGCGCUGCAUGAUCGCCAGAUGAGUCAAAUCAAAGCCGCAGUCAAAACGCCUAUGCCACCCCGCCGAUACACCAGCUACAACCGUGAAGGGAGCGACAGUCCCGCGACCCCCGGGGAUCUAGUCACCGUGGCCGUGAGAGCGAUGUGA